UAAUUCUUCGGUUAUUCUAAUCCCCAAAUAUGUUUAAAUGUGCUUCUUUUCUAACGAACGUACAGCAUUCCUGCUUCUUACAUAUGAAUUUUGAGUUUUUUUUUUUUCUAAGAAGGAGGAAGAAUAUUGACCCAUAUAGAAGGGAAAUGCUUUCAUGAUUUUAUUUUAGGUGAGCUGUAAAAGCCGGAUCGGAAUCACCUGUGAAGCCAAGGAGGUUGUUUACGUAAUGGCUCCAGUCUGUUAUGUAGGUCUUUCCAACCUAGAUUAAAGGGAAAAAAAAAGGCCGCUCAAGUCCCACCUUUUGCAGCGAACAGCUGAUUCUGUUUUCUCUUUUUAGCCAAUGGUGAUCAGAUAUUUCAGAAGGAAAUGGGGUGAGUCAUCUUCUGCAGAUAAGCUGAAAUAUUAAUAGUGCUAUCUCCAUCGGGCUCUCCUGCAGCCAGAGCGAGACUCCCGGAGCCAGCGAAGCGGCUACCGGCUGCAGAGGGCUGUGGGUCGGAAAGACGUGGAACCCGAAUACGACUUUGCACUUUGAGAUUAUUUUCCUUUCCAGUUCUCGGGCUUGAGCGAGUUUUUAGAACAGAUGGACUUGAAACCUGCCUGACCGCGGCCCCCCCACUGGAAGCCCUGCUGCGCUUAUCGCAGGAGUGACCUGGACACUGCCUUCUAGAGGUAAUGCCCACAGAAAGCGGAAGCUGUUCAAGUGCUCGCCAAGCAAAACAAAAACGCAAGUCACAUAGCCUUUCUAUACGAAGAACUAAUAGCUCAGAACAAGAGAGGACGGGACUACCAAGAGAAAUGUUGGAAGGCCAAGAUUCUAAACUGCCUUCUUCAGUUCGCAGUACACUUCUGGAACUGUUUGGUCAAAUAGAAAGAGAAUUUGAAAAUCUUUAUAUUGAAAACUUAGAAUUGCGUAGAGAAAUCGAUACUCUUAAUGAACGCUUAGCGGGUGAAGGACAAGCAAUUGAUGGGGCAGAAUUGAGUAAGGGCCAACUCAAAACAAAAGCCAGUCACAGUACCAGUCAGCUUUCUCAGAAGCUAAAGACCACGUACAAGGCUUCCACCAGCAAGAUCGUCUCCAGCUUUAAGACCACCACAUCAAGGGCUGUCUGUCAGCUUGUGAAGGAAUACAUUGGUCACAGGGAUGGCAUCUGGGACGUCAGUGUUGCAAGGACACAGCCAGUGGUGCUUGGGACAGCAUCUGCUGAUCACACGGCAUUAUUGUGGAGCAUAGAAACUGGGAAAUGUCUUGUCAAAUAUGCAGGUCAUGUGGGCUCAGUAAAUUCUAUAAAAUUUCAUCCUUCAGAGCAGUUGGCUCUUACUGCUUCUGGAGAUCAGACUGCUCAUAUCUGGAGAUAUGUGGUACAGCUGCCGACACCUCAGCCUGUUGCUGAUACUAGUCAGCAAAUUUCUGGAGAAGAUGAAAUAGAGUGCUCUGAUAAAGAUGAGCCUGACAUUGAUGGAGACGUGUCCAGUGACUGCCCUACCGUUAGGAUGCCGCUGACAUCUCUCAAAAGCCACCAGGGUGUAGUUAUUGCUGCUGACUGGCUGGUUGGUGGGAAGCAGGCAGUGACAGCCUCAUGGGACAGAACAGCGAACCUCUAUGAUGUGGAGACAUCUGAACUUGUUCAUUCUCUGACAGGGCAUGACCAGGAGUUAACACACUGUUGUACUCACCCCACCCAGCGGCUUGUGGUAACUUCCUCCCGUGACACGACUUUCCGUCUCUGGGAUUUCAGGGACCCUUCCAUCCACUCUGUGAAUGUUUUCCAAGGACACACGGACACUGUGACCUCUGCUGUGUUCACCGUGGGAGACAAUGUGGUUUCAGGCAGUGAUGACCGCACAGUGAAAGUCUGGGAUUUAAAGAAUAUGAGAUCUCCAAUUGCGACAAUUCGCACAGACUCUGCCAUUAAUAGGAUCAAUGUAUGUGUUGGCCAAAAAAUCAUAGCCCUCCCCCACGACAACCGGCAAGUGCGAUUGUUUGAUAUGUCAGGAGUACGACUAGCGCGGCUUCCCCGGAGCAGUCGGCAGGGCCAUAGACGGAUGGUGUGCUGCUCGGCGUGGAGUGAAGACCACCCCAUAUGCAAUCUAUUCACUUGCGGGUUUGAUAGGCAAGCUAUUGGUUGGAACAUCAACAUUCCCGCAUUGUUGCAAGAAAAAUAAGGUCACCAGCGUUCCUUAGUUUCACGGUUUGCCAUGGACUCUUGAUGCAGGUUCUUCUGCAUAUUAAUCAGCCAUCUUAGUGAGCAUUUGACCCUGGGAAGGGUGCCUUGUAUAUGUUCUUUCACAUUGUGCCCAGCUUGCAUGAAAUGUACAGACAGAUGUAUGAUCCUAUCUCUUAUUUUUGUCUCGAGUGUAUAUAUAUUGGCAUCCUCUGGUCAGUUAGAUGUGAAGCUCACCUUCCAUGUAGCACAUAAAGUGCUUGUGAGUUGUUGAUGUUUGACAGACAGAACAGUAGGGCAUUACAUUUGUGUGAGCUAUAUGUGAACCUGUGUACUUGUGAGGCAUAAAUGGUCUGUUACAUUUUCUGAAGUAACUAUCCAUAUCUACCUUGUACUGGGGAGACUGCAGAGCUCAUUGGUGAUGGCUAGCGAGUGUCAGGAAUGAUCAAAGAUUUCCUAUUUGCUUUUGUAUGAAGCUUUAGCAUGUGCUAUUGUGUAAUUCCAUUUCAACUCUAAUUUGUGUUCUCAUUUGCAGCAGUUGUGCAAAGAGUUUCUUUUGAGAGGAAAACAUUUCUGCUCUUUUUAUAGAAAACCAUUUCAAUCUUCUGAGGUCUCAUACUAGCAAAUUCUAAAAUAUGAUGAUUCUAAUUACUGAUUUUAGAUAUUAUACAAUUCAAAGCACUUUAGUUUAUAGCUGUGAUUAUAACAGUUUUAGAAGUUUCAAAUGAUUCUCCAUGGACUGUGACUUGACCUGUCUAAGAAGGCCUUGCUACCUGGAAACAAAACCCUAUUUAUUUUCUACAUCUUUGGUUUGCAUAUUUCUAAAUGGAUUUGAGAGCCAAGAAUGCAGAUAAAUGAGUACUACCUCAAAAAUAAACAUCUGGGAAACUUUGGAGCCUCACUGUUGGCUAUUGAAAGCACUUUGGAUUUAUAGCUGGAAACUGAAUUCAAUGUAGAAGGCAAGAAAGACAGUCAUACUAGACGUAUCCUGAAGGUGAAAAGUUUUACAGUUGGGCCAGUGCGGUGGCAGCAGGGCAUUCAGCUCACAGGGAGCACGAAGCCUCUGUGUUGAGCACGGGGCUGCCUCUCAGUGCCAAACCUACUGCUGCAUGAGUGACCUUCUUAGAGAUUCUUGCCUUCUUAGAGAUCACUGUUCAUCUGAUACUUGUAACUUCAUGUUUCUUACUGAGUUACAGUUUUGAUAGACAUCUCAGUUACUGCCCCUCCUAUUUUAAUCCUUUACAUGAGGCUCUUUGCAGGCUGACCACUUGGAGAGACACAGGGAGGUAAUACACACCAUUGUCAGUUUCGGGUGGUGCAGGAAGGCGUCUGAGCUGGUAGUGGUAGGAAGCUUGGUAGGAUGGAUGCCGUAAUGCAUAGGCUGUCUUGAGUGUCCUUCGGUGGCACACACCACGGAUGAGCAGCACCUUGUUCUUGGCACCUUUGAUUUGGGCCCUAAGGAGCUGAUCUUAGGCGUUUCACACCUACUCAUUCAGAAUGAGUUCUUUAAGUAAUUCUGUUUUUUUAAACUAAAAAAUAUGUUGUAUUUUUAAAGUCUGGCCUUUGUUGAUUACAAGUCUGCCCAGACUUUGAGCUAUCUUUGAGAGCUGAGUCAGGCUGGUCACUGUGGUUGAUUAGAAUUUCAAGGUCCAGCUCCCCUGUCCUGAGUAUCUUUUGCUUGAUGAGGGAGUUCUGUAUCAAGAUGUUCCCUGUGGCCUACUUGACCUUACUGAGAGAUGAUUGCAACGUCACUCUCUCUGGGUAUGUAAAACCAUGUUCUUAGAGCACUUGCAUUUUAAUCUGAUAGUCAAGAUACCGUAGAGUGAUAGGCACAUUGAAAAAUGUAUACAAAUGCAAAUGCUAAAUCAAACUUGAGAAACAGAUCUCUGCCAGACAAAAGUUUGGAGCUUUAAAAAAAAUCUGUAUGCAGACUAGUGAUCCUCACUGCCAGCAGCCUCACUUCUCGCUGCCUGGAGAGAUUAGCCUCUGACAGCUGGAAUGAGACUCUGCACUCAUUUCCAUGAGGGCAGAAGACCCUAAGGUGCUCACGCAGAGUUCUCAGGAGCAGGAUGUGACUUACUGUUAACUACUGUGUCAUUUGACGUGGUCUCAUCCCACUGCUGGGGCCACAGUGUUGUUAUCUGCAGGAGUUUCUUACUGGGGAUAGGACAUGCAUGCUCAUGGGUGUGUGCAAGCUUGUAUGCAUGUGGCUAAGGAAAGUCAUGCCAUCAGCCACGGGUGAUCUUAUUAGAAAUAGUGUUCUGAGGUAGGAACACUACUAUGUGCUGAAGUGUCCAGAAUUUCAUUUAAUAAUGGAAGGAAAAUGUGUGGUCACUAAAAUGUGCAUUGUUAGAAAACUUAAGAGAUUUGUUAUUGGACAGAACAACCCUUUCCCCCUGUAAUCGCUGCACACCAUUUAUGUAGAGUCAAAAGUUCUGUACAUAUUUUGGAAUCUGAAGACUGUGUAAAUCAUUGUUUCUUAAAUCUGUGAAAAUGAGUUUCUUUGGGAAAAGUAUGCAUUUAUAAGUGUUAUGUGGAAUCAGUUAUUUUUAGUGUAUUGAUGUAAUUGUUUUUAAGUGUUCAAUGUCUUCAUUCAAUAUGAAAGUCAUUAAAACAUCCAUGUUCCAUUCUUA